AUGGUUCUUCAGAGUAAUGCAACCUGUUGCUAUGGAUUCAUCCUGCAAGGUCUCUCCAAUGAGCAAGAGCAGGAGCGUCUUCUCCUCCCCAUCUUCUUCUUCAUGUAUCUGAUGAUUCUACUAGGCAACCUGCUGAUUGUCCUCCUCAUCCGCUACAAUGCCCGCCUCUACCAGACUCCCAUGUAUUUCUUCCUUAGCCAUCUUUCAUUGGCUGAUGUGGGUCUUUCCUCCUCUACAGUUCCCAAGAUGAUGUAUAACCUACUGAUGCGCACCAGAAACAUAUCCUAUGGUGGUUGCUUGGCUCAAAUGUUCUUCACCUUGGGCUUUGGAAACACUGAAAGUUUUAUCCUGUCCACCAUGGCCUAUGAUCGAUAUGUGGCCAUCUGUCACCCAUUUCGUUAUGCUGUUGUGAUGAAUCAGAAGACCUGUAUUCUUUUAGCUUCUGGCUGCUGGCUUUGUGGUUUUCUCCACUCACUACUCUACACUGUGAUGAUGUCUUGUCUUUCUUUUUGUGCCUCCCGGGAGAUCCCCCACUAUUUUUGUGACCUCCAUCCUUUAAUUAAGCUGUCCUGUUCAGACACCUCAACAAUUCAGAUGACAACCCUCACUGAGGGGACGGUGACCAUGGUGGGGCCUUUCACAGUUACUGUCCUCUCCUACGCCCUCAUUUUCUACAGAGUUCUCAAGAUCCCCUCAGCAUCGGGGAAGCGCAAGGCGUUUUCGACCUGUGGUGCCCAUCUCACCACGGUGGUUUUGCUUUUUGGGACUGUCAUUGCCGUAUAUGUCCGCCCUUCCUCUGCUUAUUCUGGCACCAAGGUUCGGGUGAUGUCUGUAGCCUACACAGCUGUGACUCCCAUGCUCAACCCCUUCAUCUACAGCCUAAGGAACAGUGAAAUCCAGCAGGCUCUGAGAAAAUGUCUAGGGGGUCACCUGAAACCAUGGAACUGA